AUGAUCGAUACCUCAAAGUUUCAGAACACGCACCAAGACGAGCCGCGUGGCCAGCUCGAGCCCGUUCCAGAAACUACUCUUCCUUCUCCGUUCGAUGACUACUUUCUCUCAUCACUUAGACCUUCGGACUUUCCUCGCCUCGUUGAGCUUUACAACUCUGACCUAGCCUUCAUUCUAUUCAGUCCUCCUUAUCCCUAUACGCUCAACGACGCUCAGUGGUUCAAUGAUAAUCGAGCCCAUACCCGAUUCCCGAGCUAUCCAGGGACUCAGGAGGCUUGGGUUAUCCGCUCCAAAUCGCAUGAUGGGAUGUUAGUUGGUAUUUGCGGGACACACCCCAUGCCUGGACGAUCGGAACAUCAUUUCAGGCUUGGAUAUUUCCUCGCACCAGAGUUUAGGGGUAAAGGGAUUAUGUCUAUGGUUGUUGCCGAGGUCCUGAAGAAAUUCCCUGGGUCUAUAUUCGAUGCCGAGGCUGAAGUUGCGAACUUAGGCAGUCAGAAGGUGUUGGAAAAGUGUGGGUUUCAGCAUGUUGAAGGCGGCGGUUUUGAAGAGACAUGGCCGGCUAGCAAAGGUGGUGGAGUUAGGCAGCUUCUUAAGUUUAAAAAGCAAUGCUAA